UGAAAUUUCAAAUUAUAGUACGCACAUUCCUCACAUCGAUUGAACUGCCACAGUCCUUCAAGUUUGGCAUUUUUCAAGUUUUCUCAGUCAGCAAAUGGCGUCGUAAGUGGAGGUUUACGAUUUUUUUCUUUCAGAUAAUGACUGAAUUUCGUUGCGUGCUUUUUAAUGAAAUAAUUUUGUGAAAUUAUUGUAUUUAAAUGUGUCAUCAAAUGUGAAAUAGUGCUAUGAGUUCCCUGAACAACUAUAAAGCCAGAUUUGUGUUGAAUCAUUGAAGUUGUUAGUGAGUUUUAACAAUGAAUGAAGAAAUAGAAAUCAAAGAAGAAAAAAUCAUUCCUAUAUGGCCUCCGCUGGAUCCUGGGCCCAUACAAAUGCCCCCUUCGCAUCUCAAUAUGCCCGUACCCAAUAUUCCUCAGGGUCCCCCAUUGAGUCAAGGUGUAGAAUAUGAACUACCCUUGGAAAUUCAGCAACAAGGAUGGAAAAAGUUUUGGUCAAAAAGAGAAAACCGGCCAUAUUUUUGGAACAAAUUAACUGGCGAAAGCCUUUGGGAAAUGCCUGUGAUCAAGCCGCAGUUUGAUCCUAUCACUGAUCCGUUGGGUAUUUGUGCACCUCCUCCCACUGCGCCUAUACCACUGGCUCAUACUGCUCCACCGGUUCCAAUCAUGAAGAGGAGAGCUUCCGAAGAGGUGGCAGGACCUAAUGCGAAGAAAUUUAUUUUAGCCGGACCAUGGGACCUAGACGUUCCUACCAAUGUUAUUAUUCUGGAAAGAGCCCCCUGCUUCUACAUGCACUCUCACCCCGAAGUUGAAGCAUAUCGCUGUAGUUUAUUAACAAAGUUGAGGCAAAGCUAUCAAGAGGUGUGUCAUUCCAGAGAAUCAAUCGAUGCUCCCAAAGAUUCUUUCAAUAGAUGGUUGAUGGAGAGAAAGGUUAUCGAUACUGGUUAUGAUCCUCUUCUACCUAGCAACUGUUAUCCAGAAAUCUCCCUCUCUAUGUAUAGAGAAAUAAUGAACGAUAUACCAAUCAAGUUAGUCAGACCAAAAUUCACAGGUGACGCAAGAAAACAACUCUCUAGGUAUGCAGAGGCAGCAAAAAAAAUAAUGGAAUCUCGAAAUGCUGAAGCGGAAAGUCGAAAAGUAGUCAAAUGGAAUGUUGACGAAACUUUCCAGUGGCUGAGGAAAACAGUUGGAGCAACAUAUGAUGAUUUCCAGGAUAGGCUGUCUCAUCUCAAACAACAGUGUCAACCACAUCUUUCGGAAACUCAAUUUGCCAUCGGGUGUCCCAGGUUGCCUGUCGUUGAGUAUCUUCCAGACAGGGAUCAGGCAAUGCUUAGGUUUCAAGGAGACACGCUGGCAAUCAAUAGCAGCCAUUUACAGAAACUGGAACACCUAUACAGGCACAGUUGUUUCGAUGAUAGGAAAUUUGAAUUGUUCAUCCCAAGAGUGUGGGUGAUGUUGAAAAGAUAUGCCACCUUUCUUGGAGUCAAUCCUUCGUCGAAUACAGCCAGUUCAGAUGUCCAGGACACCCAACAAUCUCUCCCGGUCACUGUAUUUGAAUGUCUCAAUCGGGCAUUUGGUGUUACUUUUGAAUGUUUUGCUUCCCCUUUGAAUUGCUAUUUCAAGCAGUACUGUUCAGCUUUUGCUGAUUGUGAUUCCUAUUUCGGCAGCAGAGGGUCUUUCCUCAAAUUGAAAGCGGUAUCAGGCUCCUUUGAAGCGAAUCCCCCAUACAGCGAAGAACUGAUGGAGGCAUCUGUGAAUCAUAUGGAAAGGCUGUUGAGCGACAGUCCGGAGCCUUUGAGUUUCAUUGUCUUCAUGCCGGAUUAUAGAGAACCCACUCCAAAUGCGCUGAUUAGGUUAGAGUCUAGCCAGUUCAAGAGGAAACAGGUGACGAUACCAGCUUAUGAGCACGAGUUUAGGCAUGGUUUCCAGCAUGUGUUGAGCAAAUCAGAAUUGAACGUGAGAUCAGUUCAAGGAACAGUAAUUGUCUGGCUGCAAAACACAACAGGUCAUCAGAGAUGGGAACCGUCCGAAGAUCGGGUGCAGGCACUCUUGGAGGCAUUCAGGCCGGGUAGGGAAAGGGAACGUGAUCGACAGGAAUUGCUCAGCCCUACGAGACAAGGCAGCACAUCAGAUGCCAAAGAUGUAGUGGUGCAUUGACACUCUUUCGAAUGGGUGUGGUUAGUGAUUGCAUUUUCGUCUUUUUUCUACUUGCCAAAUCACAGGGUGAGAAAAUGGGUGAAUGGUAUACAGGGCUGUGUCGAGAGAAGGAGCGAGAGAAUUUUUAGUACUCAGCAUCGUAGAGAUUGAGCAAAUGAUGACGCCGGAAUGUUGAUAUCCUCACUUUUUAACAUUAGUUGUCUACUCGGAAACUCAGAUGAGAAAGAUUUUUAAAUUGCCUCUUUUCGACAUAUUAUUUUUUGUUUUAACUUGCAAAACGAAAAAGUUUGUUAUACGGGGCAGGUGUGAAACUUUUUGAGAUUCAAUGGAUUUCAGUCGGUAGACUUUAUUCUUUCAAGUGAUCAUGGCAUAGGUAUGUGUUUCACUGUCGCUAUAAUUUUCUAUGACUCUUUUUUGAGCUAAUUCGGACUUGUAUUAUCUAAAAAUUCAAAGGUGUGCUAAGCAGUUCAACAAUUUUCAAUGAAAAUUUGAAUAGUGGUAUUUCAUAACGACUUCAAAUUUUUCGAUAAAAUUGCGAUAUUACAAAAUCAAUAUAAAAAUUUAAAAAGAUACUGCAUUAAUCUUCAUGUAAAACUGUUUUCAAGCAAACUUUAUAAGUUUCAAGAACAUGUUUUUAACCGACUUUUUCUUGAUGACAGUUUCAUUUUCACUGUAUCUCCCUCUUAAGCUGUUAUACAGGAAUUUCUAGAAAUGAAUCCACUAAAAGGGAUUCAAAAUAAGCGACACCCCCUGGUGUUGUUCAGCGAACUAAAGACAUUUACUUUGUUAAUCUUAGUACCCUGAAUAUGUGAGUAUUUUUGUCGCUGUCAUCACCAUAUUCUAUAAGGAUUGAAUGGUGUCCAAGUUUUAUAUUUCGAGAAGAGUGUUUCAGUUCUGGUGUUUGGGAACAGUGCCUGUUUUGGACUUAUUCUGAGCCAGAAGUUCCAGUUCUACCUUUCAGUUUAUACUUCAUUGUUGGCAUCAUUGAAUUUGUGUCAAUUCAUUUAAUUCCAUCCUUACCCAUUAAAUGGAGCAAUGCAUAAUUUUUGUGGUUUAGUUCAAAAUUGACCGUAUUUGAUGGGGAAUAACUGUUGAAUGGAACGAUUCACGAACAUCAAAUAUCUCAAUUAUUUUGUCAAAUGUCAUUGACAGUCAUGACGAUAAUCAUGAAUGCCAACAAUGAAAUUGAAUUGAAGAUGGUCAAUUCUUGAAUUUUGGAUGACUGAAGAAGAUUUUAUUGACUAUCACUCUUUCUUGAUUUGAAUCAAUAUGAGUGGUUCAGAUUUAAAGAUUUAACCAUUAUUGCUGUGUCCUUCAGUAUGACUCAAUUUUCACAGUUUUCCCCCAAAAAAAAAAAACAAGAUAAAGUUUUAGUGGAGACUAGUUUACAAUUUAGAGGAAGACAAACGAAAAGUAUGAGUAAAUGUGUUGAAAAUUAGGAAACCUGCCGCCACUAUUCAAGCCAAACCUCACAGAAACAUGUUUGACUUUAGACCAUUUUGUAACUUUUUUGCCUUUGAAACUGAAUCGAUUAAUUGCCAAUGAAAAUAAGUUAUUCAGGUACAGUAGAACCUAACACAAUUAAUAGAAAUCAACGUAAAACAGGAGUUUUACGUUGCAAAAAAAUGAAAGCACUUCUAUAAAUCCACAUACUUAAAAAUAUAUAUUGUUGAAAGAAUCUAAAGAAAUGAACUUUAAACGUUCAAGCCAGUCUCAGAUAUACC